AUUCUCUCCAUCUUAAAUAUUAUUCUAGUUUAUAUUUCAACAUGGUAUCAGAGCCUUCCAUUUUAGUUUAGUUUUUCAGAUUUCAGUUUAAUUUUCAGACUGGUUUCUUUCUUCAAGAAUCUGAGUUCAGUCUUCAAAUUAUUCAGAACCUUCUUCAGGGAUUUCAGUUGUUUUCAGAUUCUUCAGAACCUCUAGGCAUCGUUCUAUCUUCAAGACAGAUCCUCUACAGAACCUCUAUUCAGAACCUUUCAGAACCUCUCAGUACAGUCCAAACUCUGGUGCGCAUGCCAUCGACACUCAGGUGUUCAAACUCUGCAGUUCCAAAUUAAAGCCCUUAAUACUCACGCACCUCUGAAGAUAGUCGCAGAUGCCGCACGCGCCGGCUCGUAACACCACUUUUCUGGCCGGAGAUUUGAUCGGUUUCAACAGGCUCGCCUGAGAGUCCUCUACCCCAGAUCUGCGCAUCUGCCUUGGAUUUAAGUUUGGAGUCAACAUUAGCCAAAGCUCACUGCGUAUUUUAUUCUCCCCAAGCCCAUAAACGGGAAAGUUGCCGUAAGCUCAGCUCUUUUUACUUGUUUAAUGAAUAUCUCAAUUUUAUUUUAACCAAAAAAAAAAAAAAGAAAAAAAAAAAGAAAAAGAAAAAAAAAGAAAAAAAAAAAAAAAAAAAGAAAAAAUGUUUCGUACAGGUCAAUUUGACAGAGUAAUAUGCAAUUACUGCAAGAAGUCUGGACACUUGCUCAAAGAUUGUAGAAAGUUGGCAUUCAAAAAUCAAGGAAAUUUGAUCGCUCAUGUUACUUCCGCUACCACCUCAUCUGAUGGAUCAGUUGCUAUUUCUUCAGACGAGUAUGCUAAAUUUAUUUGCUACCAAGAAUCUCUAAAGCAUUCAUCUACCCCUAUCUCGAUAGUCGCAAAUUCAGGUAUUUCAAACACAUGUCUUGUUUCAUCAUCCUCAAAAUGGGUCAUUGACUCAGGUGCCACAGAUCAUAUGACUGGUAAUCCUAGUCUAUUCUCAUCAUUUCACUCACAUUUACCUGCUUCCAGUGUCACUUUAGCAGACGGGUCUACCUCACCCGUUCUUGGAUCUGGUACUGUUGUACCAACUUCUACAUUACCAUUAUCGUCUGUUUUGAGUCUUCCUAAUUUUGCAUUUAAUCUGCUUUCCAUCAGUAAAAUCACACGUACUCUUAAUUGUUCUGUAACAUUUUUUCCGGGAUAUUGUGUGUUUCAGGAUCUGUUAACGAAGCAUACUAUUGGUCAAGGACAUGAGUCGGGUGGUCUUUAUAUUUUGGAUACAUCAAUUACAAAAGGUAUCUCUUGCCUUGGGGUUGGAAAUCUAUUAGAAGCUCAUUACCGAUUAGGACAUCCAUCUCUCUCACUAAUGAAGCAAUUAUAUCCUCAGUUUAAUAAGGUGUCUUCUAUACAAUGUGAGUCGUGUGAGUUUGCUAAACAUCAUCGCACUAGUUUAAGUCCCCGACUUAAUAAACGAGCAAAUGCUCCGUUUGAUCUUGUCCAUACUGAUGUUUGGGGGGCAUGUCCAGUUGUGUCCAAACCUGGUUUCAAAUAUUUUGUCACUUUUGUUGACGAUUAUUCUCGUAUGACAUGGGUGUAUUUUAUGAAGCGCCGAUCCGAGUUAUUUACUCAUUUCUCUGCAUUUUGUGCUGAAAUUAAAACUCAAUUUAAUGUUCCUGUUCGUGUGUUAAGGGGAGACAAUGCCCAAGAAUAUUUAUCUACUCCAUUUAAAUCUUUUAUGCUUCAACAUGGCAUUAUUCAUCAAACUUCAUGCGUAGACACACCUCCUCAAAAUGGAGUUGCUGAAAGAAAGAAUCGACAUCUGUUAGAAACUGCAAGGGCUCUUCUAUUCCAAAUGAAUGUGCCUAAACAGUUUUGGGCUGACGCUGUGUCUACUUCAUGUUUUUUGAUCAAUCGUAUGCCAUCUUCUGUUUUGGAUGGUAAAACUCCUUAUCAAUGUCUUUUUCCAAAUAAAGAACUUUUUCCUAUUCCACCUAAAAUAUUUGGUUGCACUUGUUUUGUUAGAGAUGUUAACCCUCAUCGGACGAAAUUGGACCCCAAGUCAUUGAAAUGUAUUUUCUUGGGUUAUUCUCGAGUUCAAAAGGGGUAUAGAUGUUUUUGUCCAAGUACAGGUCGAUAUCUUAUUUCUAUUGAUGUCUCAUUUCAUGAAAAUACACCAUUUUCAUCAUCCAAGACAGAUAUUCAUGAGGACAACGAUGAAAUACUCAUUUACACAGUUACUAUACCUGAGACCACACCUUCAGUAACUAUGUCGAAUGUCACUGUUCCUGACCCUAGACCUCCUGUGCACUUGGUUUACACCCGUCGACACAAAGCACAAGAUCACUCCCCACCUGUGACACCUGUGAUUACAUAUCCUGAUACUGGUCCGACUUCGAUCUCAUGUCCUGAACCAGUACCUGCAUCUUCAGAUCUUGUCUCUACAUCUGAUCUUGACCUCCCGAUAGCACUACGUAAAGGUACACGGUCUUGUACUCAUCCUAUUUCCUCAUUUGUGUCAUACAGUCAGUUAUCUCCUGCCUCAUGUUCUUUUGUUGCUUCCAUUGAUUCUAUUUCUGUUCCCAAAUCUGUUAAAGAAGCUUUGUCUCAUCCUGAAUGGCGUCAUGCCAUGGUAGAGGAAAUGAAUGCUUUGGAUCUGAAUGGUACUUGGGAUUUGGUAUACUUGCCUUCAGGGAAGAAGUCUAUUGGAUGUAAGUGGGUCUUUGCUGUUAAGGUUAAUCCAGAUGGAUCUGUUGCUCGAUUGAAAGCUCGAUUGGUUGCAAAGGGUUAUGCUCAAACCUAUGGUGUUGAUUAUUCUGACACUUUUUCUCCUGUUGCUAAAUUAACAUCUGUCAGGUUACUUAUCUCACUCGCUGCAACUCAUGAUUGGCACUUACACCAGUUGGACAUUAAAAAUGCAUUCUUACAUGGUGACCUUCAGGAGGAAGUUUAUAUGGAGCAACCUCCAGGAUUUGUUGCUCAGGGGGAGUAUGGGAAAGUUUGUCGACUUCGCAAAUCUCUUUAUGGUCUGAAACAGAGUCCUCGUGCAUGGUUUGGGAAAUUCAGUCAAUCCAUUGAACGGUUUGGAAUGAUAAAAGGUCAAUCAGAUCACUCUGUCUUUUACAGAAAAACGAAAGCAGGUAUCACAUUGCUUGUGGUGUAUGUCGAUGAUAUUGUGAUUACAGGAAGUGAUACCGCAGGUAUUUUGGCCCUUAAGAAUUUUCUUCAUAGCCAAUUCCAAACAAAAGACCUAGGCUCAUUGAAAUACUUUCUGGGUAUUGAGGUAACACGGAGUAAGAAAGGCAUAUUUCUAUCUCAGCGUAAAUAUGUACUUGAUUUACUAACUGAAACAGGGAAAUUGGGAGCAAAUCCAAACACAACUCCCAUGGUUCCCAAUGUGAAACUCACUUCAGAAGGCAUACCAUUCGAAGACCCAGAAAGGUACAGAAGAUUGGUUGGAAAGCUUAACUAUCUCGCAGUCACUCGUCCAGACAUUGCUUACUCUGUGAGCGUAGUGAGUCAAUAUAUGUCAUCUCCGACAGUUGAUCAUUGGAAUGCAGUAGAGCAUAUAUUAUGUUACUUGAAGGGGACACCAGGACGAGGUAUUGUUUACCAAAAUCAUGAUCACAUGAGAAUAGAAUGUUUUGCAGAUGCUGAUUGGGCUGGAUCUAAAGAUGAUAGGAGAUCCACAUCUGGCUAUUGCAUCUUUGUUGGUGGUAAUCUCGUCUCUUGGAAAAGUAAGAAGCAAAAUGUGGUUUCUCGUUCGAGUGCUGAAUCAGAAUAUCGGGCUAUGGCACAAUCGGCAUGUGAGAUAAUCUGGAUAAACCAUUUGCUGAGUGAAAUCGGAUUGAAGACACCAAUGCCUGCUAAACUCUGGUGUGAUAAUCAAGCUGCUAUACACAUUGCCAACAACCCAGUGUUUCAUGAGAGAACAAAACAUAUUGAGGUCGAUUGUCACUUUGUUCGAGAAAAGAUACAACAAGGAUUGAUCUCUACAGGAUAUGUGAAGACUGGAGAGCAACUUGGAGAUUUGUUCACUAAAGCAUUAAAUGGAAUUCGUGUUGGUUAUUUAUGUAACAAGUUGGGCAUGAUAAAUAUCUAUGCUCCAACUUGAGGGGGAG